GUACCGUUGCUUGAUUAAUAUUAAUGUGCCAAACCGUUCCCGUAGUAGGACUGUGAGAGCGGCGGCGCUUUGGCAGCAUUUCUCCUGAGUCUGAUCUCAGAAGCGCUGCUUUUCGAGGCUUGAAUGAGGUUAAUGCUGCUCUGUUGCACCUGGAAGGACGAGCGCAUGGGAGAGGAGGAAGCUGGUGGGAGGUUACCAGAGUGUGCAGGCUGCAGACAGCACAUAUAUGAUGAGCAGUAUCUACAGGCCCUCAACACUGACUGGCACACGCUGUGCUUCAGGUGCUGUGAGUGCGGGGCGUCCCUUUCACACUGGUACUAUGAGAAGGACGGCCGUCUCUUCUGUAAGAAGGACUAUUGGGCUAAAUACGGGGAGUUGUGUCAUGGCUGCUCAGAGCCCAUCACCACCGGACUCAUCAUGGUUGCUGGAGAGCAGAAAUAUCAUCCAGAAUGCUUCACAUGUCUGAACUGUCAAGCGUUUAUAGGUGAUGGAGACACAUACGCUCUGGUGGAGCGUUCCAAACUUUACUGUGGUUUGUGUUAUUAUCAGACCAUCGUGACUCCUGUCAACCUGCCUGACUCUCCGUGCUCCAGGAUCCCUCAUACAGUCACUCUGGUAUCCAUUCCUGCCUCCACCGAUGGCAAGCGUGGAUUAUCUGUGUGCAUUGAUCAGGGGCCGAGUCCCAACAGCUACAGUCCUGAACAUAACCACACCGUCAGAGUCUCACAGUUGGACUCAGAAUGCAUCAGUCCAGAUGUGAAGAGCUCUAUUCAUGUUGGCGAUCGGAUCCUCGAGAUCAACGGCACUCCCAUUCAGAACGUUCCUCUAGAUGAGAUCGAUUUGCUCAUUCAGGAAACCAGCCGACUGCUGCAGCUCACUAUUGAACAUGAUCCAAAUGAUCAUAGGCCCUCAUUGGACCAAGUGGAUGGCCCCACACCCCUGUCUGAAGGUCCCAGUCCCAUCAUGCCCAUCACACGGCCACCGAGCCAGGACAUCAACAACCUGCGAUCGCGUAUCAUCACGCGCAGCUACAGUAUCGAUAAAUCCCCGAGCUCCAGUAACACACCAUCUCCACUGUCUCUGAGGAAAGACAUCGGCCGCUCAGAGUCACUGCGAGUCGUGUCCAACCGCACACACAGAAUAUUCAGACCCUCGGAUCUGAUCCAUGGAGAGGUGCUGGGUCAGGGCUGCUUCGGCCAGGCCAUAAAGGUGACUCACAGGGAGACAGGUGAGGUGAUGGUGAUGAAGGAACUCAUUCGAUUUGAUGAAGAAACACAGAGGACCUUCCUCAAAGAGGUGAAAGUGAUGAGAUGUUUGGAUCAUCCUAAUGUGUUGAAGUUCAUCGGUGUCCUCUACAAAGACAAAAGACUCAACUUCAUUGCCGAGUACAUCAAAGGAGGAACGCUGAGAGAAAUUAUCAAGAAAAUGGACAGCAGUUAUCCAUGGAAACAGAGAGUCAGUUUUGCCAAGGAUAUUGCUUCUGGAAUGACAUACCUGCACUCCAUGAACAUCAUCCAUCGAGAUCUCAACUCAUACAACUGUCUGGUCAGAGAGAACAACAGCGUGGUGGUGGCCGACUUCGGGCUGGCCCGGCUCAUGUUGGAGGAGAAGACCCAGGACAAGCUGUCAUCUGGACAGAUACCUGGCGUGAAGAAGACGGACAGGAGGAAGAGAUAUACUGUAGUGGGAAACCCGUACUGGAUGGCCCCCGAAAUGAUCCACGGAAAGAGCUAUGAUGAGAGGGUAGACAUCUUCUCCUUCGGCAUCAUGCUGUGCGAGAUUAUAGGACGGGUCAACGCUGACCCAGACUACUUGCCCCGCACAAUGGAUUUCGGGCUGAACGUGAAGGGUUUCCUGGAUGAUUUUUGCCCACCUGACUGCCCGACCUCUUUCUUCCCCAUGGCGGCUCUGUGCUGUGACUUGGAUGCUGAGAAACGGCCUGCGUUUGCCAAGUUGGAGUCGUGGUUGGAGAACCUGAAGAUGCAUUUGGAGAUGGGUUUGCAUGUGGUCUCAGAACUGGAACACAUUCACAAAGACUUCUGGCAGAAAUACUCAUCCAGUAAACACAACCUGCACACCCACCUUGAGCAGCCCGAGUAGCCCAGGAUCACUAAAGACAAUGAAGACCCUGCUGAUGGGAUGGUGGUCCACCUGAGGAAUUUGAGGGUCACUUUUGUUGGAUUUAUGGGCUGCGCGAGUCGCCUGCCUGCUUCUGGAAAUUCAGACGUCAGAUUAGAUCUCUCUUCAUGUCAUUUCACAACACAUCGCUCAGUGUUUUCUGCGGGUCAAGUGUUGUGUGUCAGUACACGGCAGAACCGGUAUCAACGUCAGAUGCUUCCACACUUUAGAUAUGAUGUAUCGGUCUACUUUUACAAUAACAGCUCUUGCCGUUAACAUUGUGUUUGUGCAGCAGUUGUUUACAGAUGUUUUGCGCGUUCUUCAGUGUAAAACAUCACCUCAGAAAUGCAGUUGUGGUGCAUUUAAAAAUGCAUGUCUGAAAAUAGGCUUUGUUGUGGCUUCUCGUUCGACAUUCGUCAUGGUACUGUACGUGAUUUGGCAGUUUUUUGGAAACAACCGCUACUGUGAGUUUUCAGUUUGUAAAAUCUGUUCAGGCCUUGAAAGCUCUGACUUCUGCCACCUGACGCUUAUAUUUCUCAUCGGAUGGCAUCUACAAUCACACAGGUCUAUAAAAUGCUUCGUUCAAUCCGUCUGCUGCAUAGCAUCGAUAAAAGCUUGCCGUUUUAUAUGUUAGGUACGUAGCCUUAUCACGUAAACCAACAGUGUUUGGUUGUGCUAAUAUUCCUCAAAUGUCCCAGCAGGUUGAAGCAGGGUACGCUCCGCGGUGUAAAUUUGUAGUACAUACUGUAAAUGUUUGACAUGUUGUAUAUGAGCAGACAUUAUUUUGUAUACUGAGUCGACAUUAACAUUUUUAAUUUGUACAUAUGCUGAAAUGUAAGUUAAGAUCUCACGUACAGAACAACACCUGAGAAAGGCCACUGAAAAUACGUAUCAGUGGCUUCCUAUUAGUGUAGAGAAGACAGAAACGUGUUAUACACAUGCCAGCUUACAUUAACACAUCCUAAAGGUCACCUAAUAUAAAAAGUUCACUUUUUUGUGUUUCGCUUGUGUGUACACAACCACCCUGUAAUGAUACAAAUCUUGCCCCCCUUUUAUUUUAAAUCCUCGUAAAACCUUUAACAUGAGACAAGCUGUUGCCGUUUUUUUGAGCAAACUGACAUCACUUUGCGCAGGCCACGCCCACAACCGUCCAAAGACCUCAAUGAGCCAUAUUAUGUGACCUUUAACUCAUUUACCAUCUACACUGCAAAAAAAUGACUUUCUUCCUUAGUAUUUUUGUUUUGUUUUCAGUACAAAUAUGUAAAAAUUCUUAAAUCAAGAUUUUGAUGAGUUCUUGAUGAGCAAAAUGCCCCAAGAAAACAAGUCUGGUUUUUAGACAAAAAAUAUACAAUUUAAGUGAUUUGUACCGAGCCCCUAAGGUGACAUUGGAGUAAAAAAAAUCGAAAGUUUAGUUUCAUGUGCUCACGUGAAACUUUCUCGUGCUCACGUGAAACUUUCUCGUGCUAACGCGCAACUUUCUCGUGCGCACGUGGAACUUUCGCUUUCACGUGCGCGCGCGAUAGUUUCACGUGCGCACACGAAACUAAAUGCAAUAGUUUCAUGUGUGCAUGCGAAACUAAACUUUAUUAAAUGUUUGCUUCAUGUCCACUUAGGGUCUCCGUAGAUUUGCACUUAAAACAAGCAAAAAAAAAGUAAUUGGGGUGUAAAAAAAUUCUUGAUUUUUUUUUUAUUAAGUGUUUAAGAAAAAAAGUUAACUUAUUUCAAGAAUUUUUUAUGACCCCAUUGGCAGAUUAUUUUGCUUGUUUAUGCACACAUUAAUUCACUUAAAUUGUAUUUUUGUCUAAAAACUAGGUUUAUUUUCUUAGGGUAUUUUGCUUAUCAAGAAAAAACAUCUAAAUUAAAGAUUGUUUUGAUAUUUGUAGUGAAAACAAGACAAAAACACUUAAGUAAGAAAUUCAGACUGAGUGAAUCUCACAAAAAACAUGUCUGUGCCAAAUUUGACAUCAUAAUCGAGUCAUAUAUUGUAUGUAAUUGUAAAAUAUUUAGAUGUUAAAGUAAAAUUUGUUGUACUGAAUGAAUACCAUUUUCACAUUUUAUGGUAAUGAGUGAGAUUUUUAAACAUUAUGAAGAAAAUAAUGUCACAAAAAACUUUUUAAAAAUGGACAUUAUUUUAUUUUCUUUUAACCUGAAAUGUGAUUUAGACGUGUUCUUCACAGAUAUUGUGACAUUCACUUCAUCAUUUCUCUACAUUUUCAUCGUUUCAUCACAAGAAUUUCCUGUACUUUAUUGUAAAUGGUAACACAAUGCUUUGUUACUUUUGGCCAUGCGGCUACUAAUAUCCGAGUUGGAUCUGCAUCUUUUGCCUAGGCUUGUGUUUUGAACAACCAAAGCCUGAUUUUAGAUCACACAUGGGACUGUUUGUUGAAAUGUGGAGUAUGAUCCUGAAUCCAGCUCACGGAUGACCGACUGUGUGUCCAUGUUGUGUGCAUCUCCCCAUGGGAGACCUUGUGUUUACACAAUACUGCUGCCUGUAAAUAUCUUACAGAAAACGCUUCUUCCACGCUUUUCCUGGAGACAUGCUGCAUGGUGUCACACGCUACCAGUCUACUCUUGUUACGAUGAGCAAACCUUAAUAUUAUUAAAGAAAACACAGAUGAGGACUGCCAGGAAAGCUUGUGAAUAGACGAAAGUCAAAGGCCAUGAAAAAAAAAACACAAACACAGCCUCUAUUUUCUCUUUCUUAAUCGAGCCACUCUUAUCUCUUUUAUAAAUCAUUUUAUUUGCACUAUGUAAGAAAGUGUUCCUCUCUGGAGCCUUUAUAUUGUUUUGAUUUCAGAAAUUGAGAUGUUUGUUUGUUACAUGAAUGCAGCCUUUUGUGAGGUUUGGCCUCUUAACUGUGCGUUCAUACCAGAUGCGAACGAAGCAAAUAAAUCACGCUAUUUGCGCGUAGUUGGAUGCUUGAACAUUUUGAGUUAACUCGCAUCAUUCGUAUGUUAAAUUCAAACGCGAAUACGCUCAAUUUGACGGCUUAAGCUAGCUUGUAGUCUCACUAUGUGUGUAUAUAUAGCUCAAAUUGAGUAAAGAGCGUUUUUUACAACUUACCAGAUUGUCCGACCUCCUCACUAACAUUCUUCCAAGCAAGAAAGAUGUGUCGUACAGCUCCGGGUGUCCACAUACAGCGACAAUGAUUUUGUCCUCCAUUGUUGUUUCGUAUUUCUGCCUCUGCUCGCUACAUUGUAAUCACGUCAUUACUAGAACAAGCUACUGAUUGGUUAACGCGUCGCGAAUAUCCACCAAAGUUCAGAUUUUUCAACUUGCGCGUUACGAACAUCAGAUGCCUAAAAAGCUAAACUUGCGCAAAUUGCGUCAUUCGCGUCGCAGGAUGUCUACCGCAUCUUUGCAUUACUAGAUCAAGCUACUGAUUGGUUAACAUGGCGCAAAUAUCCACCAAAGUUCAGAUUUUUCAACUCGCGUUACGAACAUCAGACGCCCAAAAAGCUACAUUUGCGCAAAUCGCGUCAUUUGCGCCGCAGGAUGUCUGUCGCAUCUUUGCAUUGACUUACUAUGUAAAUCCCUCGUGCUUAGCGCUUCAUUUGCGUCUGGUGUGAACGCACUAUAAUGCUGCGUACACACCAAACGCGAAGCAGCGUGUUUCUCACUCUAGAUUACUUGCAGGAUUUAACUUUGUGUCAUGCGAAUUUUUCCCUUGAGUUUAAUAUUUUCGCGGCACCCAAUUUUCGUCAUUUGCAUCGCCCCACACGAGUUUGCGUCUAUUCACGUCUUUGCAUUGACUUUGUAUGUAAUCUACUCGUGCAUAUCGUUGAAUUCGCGUUUGGUGUGUACGCCCCAUAAGAGCCUCUGUCCUGAGCAGCAAACCCAUAACGGACUAAAGAAUGUGUGUAUAAAUCUGUUCGGUUUAUGAAAUUAAUUGUAUAUACAGAUUUCCUUCAUUUGAAUUUAAAGCACCAAACACAGGCAGGUCUUUAGCACUGUUGGUCAUAUAUGAAAGCCAUAUUAGAUUGAAAGCCAUCACCUUGAAUUAAGUUUUAUCUAUAACCAAAAAAUAAAGAUACUAAUGGAGGAUAGACUUUGAGCAAAAGAGAUGAGAUCACUAAUAUUACACGUGUGACUUCAGUAGUGUUUGAUCAUGUCUGUGUGAAUUGCUGCUUAGGAGUCAGUGGUCAGCCUGUUGCCUAUAGAGAAAGAUGUCUUGUAGCAUCAUACCUGCGUAAUCAUGCUUAUUUCAUGUAAGGUUGACUCGCUGCUGGCCUAUACAGUAAAAAUAGCACUUAAACGAUGUAGUCUAUUUAUGAAAGUUCAACUCAGGGCACCGUAACUGGUGAAGAAGAUCAUAAUAUAAGCAGAUAUCACAGUAUAAUAUAACAAUAGUCUGUAUCAUGAGCAUCAAUGUGAAAACACUGAACCUUACCUUAUCUGAUAGUACAGUUAACUACAGUAGUGUCAUGCAUGAUUACGCAGACAAAGCGAAUGCUGAAAAUAUGGUUUUACCUCUGGACAUUACUGUGCCUUUGUUUUAUGCUAGCCUUGCCAACGACUUGUAGUGUGUUUUGAGCCUGAUGAGUUGAAUUUUAGAUCACUGCUUACAUGUUUAAAUGAGAAUUCCUCUUGUUUUUUAUAUAUUUAUAUUUUCCAUGUCUCCAUUGGCUGGGUGCAUAUUUUAGGUACACGAUUCUGUUUGUUUCCUGUAAUUGAAUGUUUUUACUAAAGCUGUGAAAAUGACUCUGCACUUUAAACAUACUGUACUGGCCAUGAACGUUGAACAUUCAAUGAGGUGACUGUAGAAUAAAACUGAUGCUCCGCUGAUGUUACAA